AAUUAUCGAUUGCAGUUAUGUGAUUCGUUAUUGAAGGAGGGGUGCAGGAACUUCAGCACCAAUCAAUCUAGGAUUCUUUUUACUUCUAAUUGUGGAAAUGUGGGUAAUGAGAAGUAUAACUUGAAUCUAGGAUUUCUCAGUGGAAGUUUGGGCGCAGCUCGGUCAAUUCAUGGCACUGCACCAUUAUCGAGAGAUUAUUACGAAGUACUGGGCGUCAGUAAAAAUGCAACCGCCUCUGAAAUCAAGCAAUCUUAUUAUGGGGUGGCAAAGAAGUUACAUCCAGAUAUAAAUAAAGAUGACCCAGAUGCUGAAAAGAAAUUCCAAGAAGUUCAGAAGGCGUAUGAGAUUCUAAAAGACGACGAAAAACGUCAGCAAUAUGAUCAGAUAGGCCAUGAAGCUUUUGAACGUGUCAGUAAUGGUGAAGGUCCUGGGUUUAAUCAAGGCUUUGAUAAUCCCUUUGAUGACAUAUUUAACUCCGACUUUUUCAACUUGUUCAACAGAGAAAUGGGUGGCGAAGAUGUCAAGGUUUCAAUUGAACUUUCAUUUAUGGAAGCUGUCCAGGGCUGCACCAAAACACUGUCAUUCAUGACUGAUUUGGCCUGCGAUACUUGUGGUGGAACUGGCGUUCCUCCGGGUACAAGGCCUGAAACUUGUAAACGUUGUAGAGGCGCUGGCACGGUUAUAUCCCAAAAUGGACCUAUUACAUUUCAAGCUACUUGUCCACAUUGCGGGGGAUCUGGAAAAAUUGUAAUGAGCUUCUGCAAGUCUUGCAAGGGUAAGCGGGUAGUGAAAGGGUCGAAAACAGUGAAGAUGAAUGUCGUGGCAGGGGUGGACAACAACGAAACUAUCAAAAUUCCUAGAAGUGGUGGAGCAGAUCCUGAUGGAAAUCACCAUGGUGAUCUCUUGGUUAUGAUCAAGGUCAGAGAAGACCCAGUGUUCCGCAGGGAGAAGGCCGAUAUUCAUGUUAAUGCAGUGUUGAGCAUAACUCAGGCACUUUUGGGAGGAACAAUCCAGGUGCCAACUCUUUCUGGAGAUGUUGUCGUUAAGGUACGCCCUGGCACUCAACCUGGCCAGAAAGUUGUCUUGAGGAAAAAAGGGAUCAAAGUCAGAAACUCGUUUUCAUUUGGAGAUGAAUAUGUUCACUUCAACGUCAGCAUUCCAACAAAUUUGACGCAAAGGCAGCGCGAAUUGAUUGAGGAGUUCGGUAAAGAAGAGCAAGGGGAAGAUUAUAAAGGGGAAGUUGCAAGUGCAUCAGGUUGAACGCAGUAGUAUUGAAGAAAACAAAAUUUAUUAAUUUGCCCUUGCAUGAUUUUUUUUUGACAAGCAAUUUCGACUUAAAAAGGUGGACAAAUGAGCUAUUAUAUUCUUUUUGACCUUUAUACCCUUUGAUAGGUAUGAUAUGUAGUAUUUAUUGGUACUGAACUGUAUUUGUUAUAGUGUUAUUUGAAAAAUAGGUCGUCUAUCUUUGUGAAUUCACUGUGUUGUACAUAAACAUAUUAUUUAUAGUGUUAAUUUUCGAUGGUUUAUUACA